CCCUUCUCCGGGAUCCUGAAGCUCGGAUCUGGAGAGAGGAGAUACCCUAUGGUUUUCCUUUGCGGGAUUUAUUUUGUCAGCUCCAAAUCUUCUUGUGCGUUAUCUUUCAAUAGUGACCGAAGGCCGGCAACUUGUCCGGACGGCCCCUCCCCACUCGCAAGGGAGGGAGUUUGCUGACCUUGGGUAAGAAGAGUAGGUUCCUGGAGAAGAAAGAUGUGGCGUCACCUGCUCAACUCACUGUGGCGGGACAUGUUCACUGAGCAGAUAUUUGCUUUAACUUGAAAAGCCCUUCCUCUGGCAGAAUUGACAGCUUGGUGAUAACGUGUUUAAUAGAUCAUUUUACACCUCUUGUCGUAGGAUUUGAUGGACUGCCUUCGGGGAUCUUUGCUUGGAACCUAGCUUGGUUCAGUGACUCGAUGCAGUUUUGCGUUUCCAAAAAAAGGUUUCAUCUGUUGGAUAUUACAUGGUUACCUUGGAUCUAAUAGAUUAAGAACAUUCGCUUGGAUAUUGCGGAGAUUCUCCUCGGGGAUUUUUACACGAGUGGAGGUCAAGCAGUGCCAGUGUUUGGCCCUUGAAGAGUGUGAUUCUCUGUAAGAGGUGGGUUUAUCUGGAUGUUUCCCAUGAAGGACAUGGAUGGCCCUCGAUCCAGUGGCCUCCGCAAGAAGAGGAAGUCAAGGUCAGUGAGGGAUCGGGACCGGAGAUCAAAUGGGAUAAGGAACAACCAUGUCAAGGGCUCAGUCUCUCGCUUCUCCUCCGACUCAGAGCGGGAGGGUGACAGGGAGCCCUCCUCAUCCCGCCCGCGACCCCCGCGAAGAAAGCGAAAGGAGUCUACUUCUGCUGAAGAGGACAUCAUCGACGGCUUCUCCAUCACAGGCUUCGUGACCCUGGAGGCUCUGGAGAAGAACUUGACACUGAAGCCCCAGGAGUGCAGAGACAACCGGGCAGGGCCCCUACACAAGAAGAAGGCUGCCAGGGUCCCCAACGGCCUGAGCCUGGAGCCCUGCAAGAACAAUCACCACCACCAGCAGGCUUCCGACCAGGAGAACAACCCUCGCCUGGCGCACACACAAGGCAAGAGGAAGAAGAAACACCUGAACAAGAAACACACAAUGCUGAAGCCAGGGCAGAACAACUGUAAGGACAGCGACAGCGAGAGUGUGAGCGGAGAGUCCAAGCCUUCCAUCAGGAGCAGCUCCAGAGGCAGACUGACAGAUUGUGACACAGAGAGUGACCAAGACGACAAGGUCUCCGAUGCCAGCUCAGAGAAAUUUUUCAGCACAGCUGCAGUUAAAGUUCCAGAUUUUGGCAUCCAUGUGCUCUCCACCAAUGACAGCCAGGAGCCUCAUGGCCCAGGCCUCCUCAAGGUGUCAGGCCUAGAGCGCAGUCAGGAGAGGAGCCAGGAGACCUGCAGGGACCCCCAACCCCUGUAUCCAGCACCCCCAGUCAGCCUCUGCCCCCCAAAGCCCUCCCCCUGCCCCAGCCGUCCGUCCCCCAGCCCCUGUCCCCUCUUUGGACCCAGACAAACUGCCCCGCCUGCAGCCCUGCCUCUCGCCCAGGGCCAAGAGCCCUUGCCGCCCCCCCGGCCCCAGCACCAGCCCGAACUGCUGUCCCACCCCCGGCCUCCGCCGACGCCCAGCCUUCACCCACACCCGCCGUCACCAGCCCUCCCCACCCAUCACCCUCACCAACAGCACCCGAGUCAGGCCGGGCCCCACCGGCCCCCGUCGCGCUGCCAUCCCCGGCCCCUUUCUGCCUACAACGGCCUCCACCUCAACGGUCACAGCAGCAGCAGGAGCAGCACCCCAGGCACCAAGCCCCACGGGCCCCCUGCUCCCUCUUUGCACCUUCCCCACCACCCGCCUCCUCCUCCUGCUGCCGCGGCAGCAGCAGCCUCCACCUUCCCGCUGCCCUUGGCGGCUAACCAGAACACCCCCCACAGCUUCCCCCCUGCCUUGCAGUCCUCGCCGCACCCACACCACCCCAAUAUGUUCGCUCCUCCAGCGGCCUUGCCUCCACCACCACCACUUACGUCUAGCACCCUGCCAGUCCCCGGACAUCCUGCUGCUGGGAGCGCCUACUCAGAGCAAGACCUUCUGCGCCAGGAGCUCAACACCCGUUUCCUGGCCUCCCAGAACGCCGACCGCGGCGCCUCGCUGGGCCCUCCGCCCUACCUGCGCACAGAGUUCCACCAGCACCAACAUCAGCAUCAGCACCAACACACCCACCAGCACACCCACCAGCACACCUUCACGCCCUUCCCCCACGCCAUCAUGCCCACCCCAGCACCGCCCAUGGUGCGUACCCCUGCCAGAAAUUUUGAAAAAUACCCAACAAAAGUUGACCCCUUCUACAGACACAGUCUCUUUCACUCCUACCCACCGGCCAUGUCUGGCCUUCCUCCCGUCAUCCCCCCGACCGGGCCCUUCGGCUCGCUGCAGGGCGCCUUUCAGCCCAAGACCUCUAAUCCACUCGAUGUGGCCACAAGACCUGGAGGCGUCCCACACACGUUCCUUCAGAAGGACCCCAGGCUAACAGAUCCAUUUCGGCCCGUUCUCAGGAAACCAGGGAAGUGGUGCGCCAUGCACGUCCACAUCGCCUGGCAGAUAUACCACCACCAACAGAAAGUAAAGCAGCAGAUGCAGGUCGACCCUCACAAACUAGACUUUGGCCUCAAGCCCGAGUUCCUGAGUCGACCUCCGGGCCCCAGCCUCUUCGGCGCCAUCCAUCACCCCAGCGACUUGGCGCGGCCUGCCACGCUCUUCUCCGCUGCAGGUCCCGCGCACCCGUCGGCGGGUCCUUUUGGUCAUCCGCCCCACCAUCCUGGAAACUUCCUCGCCCCGGCAUCUCACUUGGAACCUUUCGGUAGGCCCGCGUCGUUUGGUGGACUGGGAUCCCUCAGUUCGUCGGCCUUCGGGGGACUGGGCAAUCCGGCGCUAAAAUCCCUAACAGCGGCCAACUCGAUGUUCGGCCAUAAAGAUGGCCCCAACGCGCAGCAGCACUUCAACGGCGGCGGCCACCAGGAGCCGUGGAACCGCCUGCACCGCACGCCGCCCUCCUUCCCCACGCCGCCGCCCUGGCUGAAACCCGGAGACUCCGAAAGGAGCGCCUCGGCCGGCUCGCACGAGAGGGACCGAGAAUCCGACAAACGGGACUCGCUGGUCGGUAAAGACGACAAAGACAGGGACUCUGUGGAAAAACGCCACCCGAGCCAUCCGUCCCCGGCUCCCGUCAACCCCGUCGGCCUCCUUGGCCACGCCCGGCCCCCCGAGCACCACAGGAACCACCUGCCCCCCACUUCCGGAGAGCCUCAGAGGGACAAGGAAAACAAGGCCAAAGACCGGGAGAGGGAGCACCCGGACUCCUGGAAAGACAACGGCACGGAUGACCGCAAGCACGGCGACAAGGACGCGCCUGUCGUCCGCGACGGCCGAGCGUCGGAGGACAAAGCGUCCAACGGGGGGACACCGUCGCCCUACGUCCGGCAGACCGGCCUCGAGCGUCCCAACAGCGGGCUGAGCAGGGAGGUUCUGGACAAAAAGGCAGAGCUGCCGUACGAGCACCAGAAGAAGAACAGCGAGGUGAAGGUAAAGGAGGAGAGGAAGGAGGAGCAGGACGGAGCCACAGAGAGGGCGAGCGAGCACCCGACGCACGCGCCCUCCACGCCAAACCUCCACCCUCCCUCCUCGAUGCCCAUGCCCAUGAGCGUGGCUGGCGUUCACCCCAUCAACAGCAUCAGUAGCCUGGAGAGAACUCGAGUGGUGGCACCCUUCAUGGGUAUCAGCCCUAUCCCAGGAGCUGACAGGUUCCCUUACCCUGCCUUCCAUUGGGACCCCAUGAGGGACCCUUACAGGGGCCUGGACAUUCACAGACGGGACCUGUUGCUAAGGAAUGACCCUCUGCACCGGCUGGCGGCGCCUCGCCUCUACGAGGCCGAGCGCUCCUACAGGGACCGCGAGCCUCACGACUUUAAUCGUGACCACAUCCACCCUCUGGCCCUGGAGCAGAGGAGGGAGCAGGAGCGCGCCCAUCUGGAGGAGCGCGAGCGCCUCAACAUGCUCAGGGAGGACUACGAGCACGGGCGCCUCCACCCCGCGAUGCACCAUCCCGCCCUAGACGGACACCUCCCGCACCCCGCCCAGGGCCUCAUGGCCCCCGGACUCCCGGGCAUGCACUACUCGAGGGUCAGUCCCUCGGCUGCGGCGGCCCAUCAGAACGGUAUCCUUAACAAAACGCCGCCCGCCGCCUCUCUGAGCGCCCCGCCCCCUCUCAUCCCCACACUGGGCGCCAGGCCCGGCUCACCCAGACGGACUACCCCCCUGACCGCAGAUAUCAGAGACAGAGCGGCUCACAAAGACAUCGAGGCGCGGUGAGCUCUGACUCCGGCCCCGCGCCUCGCUAACACUCAACUCGCACCGAGCACUUAGCUUUGGGCAAAGCAAGACUGUAACAUAGCUGUGAAUAACUUAUGUGGGGCAGUGACGUGCCCGCGCAAUGAAUUGUUUUUGUAUAAAACUACAAAGAGACAAUAAUCGUGGAACAAAACAAAAAAAAGAGGGUUUUUUUCCCGUUCGCUCCAGCUUUUUGUGUGCAUUCUUUUUCUGGUAUAGCAAAGUAAGAAUGAACAAUUUUGGAAUGUACAGGUACUCUAGCACUGACAGACAGCAAAGCGUGUACGGUCGCUGUGCUCACCCUGUACGGAUUAAAAAUCGUGGUACAAAUAUGCAAAAGGGUGUUUUGAAAGCUUUACUUUGAACACACGUAAAUAGAAGAGUAUUACAGCAGUGCUUCAGAAUGUGCUUUUUGCCAUUUCCUUUUCGUUUUUUUUCAGUUGACGCAGCCGAUUAGCAUUGUACCAGAGACCCCGUAUUCAACUAUGCAACAAAUGUCUGGGCUCCCUUUCUGAAAGCUGGCCUUCUCACCACUAUAGACUGUGUAACAAUUAAGGACAAACGGCCGUAUUCUCUCCGCGACUCGGACGCGCGUUGGAUCCGUGCAAACGGAUACGAGCUUUAAGUGAUCCGCGCGGGGGUUGUAGGUGGCAAUUCGGAUUAAACAAAAAGGUAAUGUUUUGAGAAUUACUUUCUCAAUUGUGGCGACAAUCCUAGAAAUGCAUUUUAAAGAUUUCCAAUGUUGAGAGCUAGCAGCACAAACUCUUUUUUUCCCCACACUUCACCGGUCUGGUUCUGGGGAGAAUGCGGCACAUUAAACACCGUGACGGCACAUUUGCCCCAUCGAAGGAGUGUAAAGUACGUGUUUUGGAAAUAGGUUCUGUUGGUCAAACAGUGUAUUAAAGUGCUUUCCUGAGUUGUUGUAAAAACUACAAAAUCAAAAGACAAAAAAACUAAACUAUGGAGAGUUUGUUUCUAAUGAGCAGAGAUCUAUUUUAGUAGUCCACUGAAGGUUUAGUUGUGCGCUUCAAACUCUGUGAUAUCAUGUCGUGCAGUGUUUUUUUAAUCCAACGUAAAAAUGUCCACCGGAGCCAUAGUGGUUAGUCGACGCGUAUUGCAAAAAGAUUGUCGAGAGAUUUUUUUUGCUGUUAACCGUGUACAGGGGAAAAAAGUAAAGUCUUUCUAGAUCGUGUACAAAAAUGAGGAAAAAAAUGAAGCGACUGAAUCUUCAGCAUGCUCCUCAUUUAAACUUGUGUUAUGUAAAU